CAUUCAAGUUUUGCGGACUUGUACCGUAUCCUGGAUGCUGACUGGAUCUAUGAUUUCGCCGGUGAACAGAGACCUGCCUCGCCGCAAGAUGCUGCUAUUUCAACGCCUGUCCGAGGUUGUUGUUGUGUUGGUACUUUGUAUUCUUCCUAACCAAGCUGUUCUGGGAACUAACAAACGCUUUACUUUCGCCCUGGUGUUUCCCAAGGACACGGAACUGGAGGCGGUGACAAAAGUCGCCGUGGACAACAUAAACUACGGGCCGGGAUCCCUCCCCAACAUCAGCUUCAACUACGAGUACCGCAGCAGCAGCAUAGACGGGAAGUGCGACGCCUUCUACGGCAUGACGUCGUUUUUCAGCAUCUUCCUGGGUCCCUCCCAGACAUCGACGGUCGGGCUUAUCGGAGUGAAGUGUGAGGACAUGUGUAAGGUCAUGCCUGAGACCAUGACGCGACUGAAGAUCCCGUUCAUUUCUCCCUUCUGUUCGAGUCCCCCCGAACUGUCCGACAAGACGAAGUACCAAACGUUCGCGCGGACGACGUGGCCGCCCAACAAGACCACGGCCAUCUACACCCAGGUGGUCACGCACUUCGGCUGGACCAAAGUGGCGGUCAUCGCCUCCCAGGAGGAGUCGUGGCAGCUGCUGGCAGGCCACCUGACCAUUCAGCUGCCGGAGAGUGAAAUUCAGCUGGUCAAGAGGAUCAACGUGGCGCCAGGUGCGAGCAGAGAAACGCUGAAGGCGAAGCUGCGAGAAGCCGCGGCGCACUCUCAAAUCAUCAUCCUAUGCGUGUCGUCCCUGGUGCACCACGAGGAGAACGGCGGGGACGAGAGGCAGCUGAUGCUGGCGGCGCACGAGCUCGGGAUGACCGAUGGCGCGUUCGUCUUCCUCACCCUGGAGAGGAAACCUAUCACAGACCUGGCCCUGUUGGACAGGGCGUGGAGGAUGAAUGACACAGAAGACGGAAAAGCGCGGGAAGCCUACGUGUCCGUCAUGAGGCUAUGCUGGACACUGGCCAUCGGCUGUGACCUCAGCGAGUUCCAAAAAAGGGUCAACGACAAGAUGCCUACAUCUGAAGUUCACCUUCCCAGGAAAGGGGACGACAACGAGUUUAAAACCGUUGAGGACGUAGAGAGGCUGGUGGAGAUGUCGAACCUGUACAACGCCGUGCAGUUACUGUACCAGUCCUUACUCAGAACGUUCGCCCCCACACUCAUCCACACCGACGGGAGGGACGUCAGGGCUGACGAAGGCUCUGGGGUUCUUCCAGGAAUUCCAGAUGAAUUACCGGACCCAAAUGAAAUCCAGAUUAGUAAGAACAUGCGGAACAUGAGUUUUAUAGGUUUCUGCAAUGAGACAGUCUACAUGGACGAGGAUGGCGACAGAGUUGCUGACUACGCCCUGUUUCACCACAGUGUUAAACAGGUCCGCAUGAUCGCGCAGUACAACAAGACAGCCAGGCAGUUCCACAGUCUGGUGGGCGGGUCCUACCACAACUGGCCCGGGGGAGUCUGGCCUCCGAAGGACGAACUCCCCGCUCAGAGCGCCGCCAUCGACUCCAGCACCAUCGUGGCCGCCACCACUACAUCACUGCUGGUCGUCACCCUGGCAGCCUUCGCCGUGUUCUUCAUUAUCAGGAAGAAAAUGGUGAAAAAGGAAGUUUGGCAGAUGAUGUGGAAGAUUAACUACGAAGAGUUGACCUUCAUCGACUCCAGUCGGAAUCGGCACGCGCACGUAACACGGCGAAAGUACGGUUCCCGGCGGAUGUCCCACACGUCCCGCACGUCCCGCUCCAGUAAGUCGACGUCCGCCGACCCGUUCUGUUCCUCCUUCUCUAACGACCUGGAGAUGGUCGAACUGCUGCACGACAAGAAGAAGGUCAACGCCGCUCACCACAAGAACUCCAUGGUCGCGGUGAAGCAUGUCCCUCCUGAUGAGUUUGAGCUGACUCCUGCUCGACUCUAUGAACUGUUCCAGAUGAGUAAGAUUCGUCAUGAAAACCUGACUCCGUUCGUUGGAGCAUGCGUGGACGCGCCGAAUAUCUGCACCGUUAUGGAGCUGUGUACCAGAGGGAGCUUACAGGACAUUCUGCAUAAUGACGACAUCAAGCUGAACUGGACUUUCAAGUCUUCAUUCAUCACAGACAUUGUGAAGGGCAUGGACUUCCUCCACCGCAGCGCGCUGGUGUCUCACGGGAACCUGAAGUCCUCCCACUGCGUCAUCGACUCCCGCUGGAUGCUGAAAAUCACCGACUACGGAGAGAUGUCGGCAGGCUCGGGGGUCCGGGCACGGGCCAGGGGGGAAUACGCAGGCAUGAAGAUUCAGGCUAGUGAGGACUGUGCCAAUAUUCUACUGGGCAUAGGAGGGUUCCGCAUGGUCAAACGUGGGGAUGUUGAUAUCAAGGAAGGAAAGUCCAUCCAAACCUACUGGAUUUACGGAAAGAAUGGUUUUAACAAACCCUUACCGGAGGAGAUAGUUCCAGAGUUAGAGUGUUAGACGUGAGGAGGGGAUCAGAGCACUGACAUAAAGGCAGCACAAAUAGCACAUAGUUAUGUAGGAUCCCAUUGACGCCUUUCAAGUAUGGGAUAUGGAGACAAGGAGAGAUCUAACUUAUAGCAUACACUGCUGCUGCUAUACAGCGCGGGGUUAGCACAAAAGGAGUUUCUCUCAUCAUUAGUUGUAGGAUCUGGAUGUCCUUUACCUCAAUAUGAUUUAGCUUUAGCAAUGUAUUGAAUAGGUUUUUAAUGGAGUUAGUUUUCUGAAUC